AUGGAUACUAUCCAAGCCCUUGCUAUCAUUGUUAUCCGAACCAUAUUAAUCAAUCCAUUUAAAAUGGGAAUUCGAAAAUACAUGGACCAACCCAUUCAAGAUGGGAGUCCGAAAUUAAUGGUCCCUAACCCAUUCAAGUCAGGGACCCGACCAAGUUGGAGCUUUAGGUUGCCAAUCGAAAAAUCCAACUUGAGGGUUGUUAACAACCUGUUCUUGCAAGGAUCGGAAGAAUUAAGGUUCAGGGCACUUACAUUCGUACGUCUACGAAUCCUUGAUGGAAGUAAACUGGUGUCAAUUCAUAAAUAA